CAACACUAAUGUGAAACAUUUCCAUGGGCUGUAUAUGGAAGAUGGGCUUGAGUUUCAUUCUUUCCCACUCCUGCCUGCACUAAAGACUAUCAUGUUGCACAUCAGGUAAAGGGAUCUGUGCUUACACACACACACACCCACACACCCACACACGAACCAGAGAUCAGGUUUAAACCCCUCGCUUCAAAGCACAUGGAGCAGAGGGAAGGAAGAUGGCACCUGCGUUUUGUUCUGAUGCUGGAUCCAGUAUGAUGGUGAGAGAACAGGGAAAAGGAACAAGGAUCUGAACUCUACAGCCCAGUAGAGUCUCUGAGGACUGUAUGAACACAUAGAUGGAGGGAAUGACACUUGUCUUCAAUAUGAAGUGAACUGAUAAAAGGGGUUCAUGGCCCCCUAACACUCACCUAACCCCACCUUGGUUAACAGAUCUCUUGGGUGUUUGGAAGCUUUGUGUUGCCAAGAUGAUGCAGCAGAUUCUGAGGGACAUGUACAUCGAUCCGGACCUGCUGGCGGAGCUCAACGAGGAGCAGAAGCAUAUCCUAUUCUAUAAGAUCCGCCAGGAGCAGGUGAGGCGCUGGGAUGAGAGGGAGAACCAAGAGAACCAGGAGAACCAGGACCAGGGAAAGAAGGGUGAGUCUGGGUGUACUCUACUAAGCAGCAGAAGUAUCCAGUGGCUGCAGGGCUGCGAUGGGGAUGUGUGGGUGUGGGUGAUGGGCGACGCUCCUGGGGAUAAGCCUUAUGAGGACAUCAUCAAGGAGCUGAUGGGGGAGAAAGCCAGACGGCAGGCUCAGCAGGAGGCCAAGGAGCUCUGGCGAACCAAAGAGGCUGAGAUCGAGGAGAAGUUCCGGGAUGCUAUGGCGAAGGAGAAGGCCCGUUUUGUGGCAGGGAAGUGGAAAGAAGAAACGGAGGACAGGAAGGCUGCCAAGCAGGAAGAGGAACACAUCCAGGAGUCUCUCAAGAAACGAGAGGAGGAGGAGAGACAGCAAGGUGAGGAGGAGAUAAAACGUGCAGAGGAGAAGAGAGCGAGGGAGCUGUAUAUCUCCCUAGAGCAGGAACAGAGAAGGAGUGAGAAGGAUGACAAGGAAUGGGAGGAGCAACUGCGGCGCUCUAAGAUGGCUGACCAGGAGAUGCAGAGAAAAGCAAGGCGGGCACGGGAUGAGUACAAGCGCCAGUCCCUGCGGGCUAUAGAGAAGGGCCGUGUGGCAGGGCUCAGUGGGCUGUUCCAGCAGGGCCCAGUGGUGGGGAACGGACCAACAGCAGCCCCCUUCAGGAGAUACAGCAACGUGCUAGAGUCCUCCUCCUCCACCACCCACCGCCCCGGCCUCCAGCCUGCUACUCCUCCACUGUACCGCCGUAGACAGAGCCAAAGGCACAGCACCAUUGUUACACAGCCACUGAUGGACAGUCCUGCCUGGGUGAGAGCCCCCCGGCCCAGCUCCAGAGAGUGUGUUUUGCUGUGGUUCAAAGAAGAGCAGACGCCCAAACAGGCUGGCUAUGAGCGCAACAGCACCACCAUCGCCCCCUGGUUCCACGGUCUGAUUUCCAGACAGGAGUCAGAGACCCUGCUGAUGAACACAGCAGAGGGCUCCUUCCUGGUGAGGGUGAGUGACAGGAUCUGGGGAUACACGCUGUCCUAUCGCACGGCUGACGGCUUCAAACACUUCCUGAUCGACGCAUCAGGAGACUACUACAGCUUCCUGGGUGUGGACCAGAACCGCCACGCCACCUUGGCUGACCUCAUCGACUUCCACAAGGUGGUGGAGAAUGUGGGCAUUCUGAUAAUGUGGCGGUUUAAGAACGAACGCUGGAGGAACAGCAGCUACAAAAAGUCCACCUCAUUGAGGAAAACAGGAAGCUACAAGGAGGAGCUAACAGAAGAUGACGACAUCAAAACCUACCUCUGUACGUUUGAACGGACAGCACUAUGGGAAGGAUGGCAAAGGCAGAAGUGGACCAGUCUGCUGGCCCCGUUCCUCUCUGGGAAUGCCCAAAAGGCGUAUUGGGACCUGAACGAUGAACAGGCGGCUAACUACGACGGACUCAAACAGGAGAUACUCAGCCGCUACGGGUACAGCCUGGCCCAUCGGGCUCAACUACUCACGAAUGGAGGUUCAUAG